AUGCGCUUCACCUUCCUUGUACUCACAACCCCCCUGCUAUUUUUAGGUCGCCAGACAUUUGCCAGUGAUCAUAAGAUUGACCCAUCCCUAGAUCCAACCAACAAAAUACAAACCUUCAGUUUUGAACGCAAAUUAUCAUGGACUAACCAAGAUUUUGACGUGACUCAGGACGACAACCAUGCUCACAUCAUGUCAGUCGAAGCUCACCUCAAAGAUAAGCUCAUCGCGAAGAGCCUUUUCGCCCUGGAUCUUACUCUACCCGGUGGCGAACGCUUAGGAAUCAAAAUCAAUGGAAAACUAGUAAACUGCGGAUUCAAACAAACUUACAAGAUGUCAAAUGGAGUCCAAUUUCUAAUUGAUCCACGUUUUGCAAACAUUGAUCGAUGGCACAUCAAGAAGUCGGGGUACAUCACACGCGAAUAUACCUGGAUGCGACACAUCCGAGGGCUUUCAGGUGUUGUAAUGAGGGAUGACGGCAGAAAGGUUGCCUACUUUUCAGCAAAAACUUGGGGAAGCGAGUUCUUGGCUGAUCUAAGUCACUCAACAUGGCCUCAAUCCUCGAGGUAUACAAUAAAAACAAAUGGAGACGUACCUCUUGAAGUCUUAGUUGCACUUUAUGCGAGCGCAGCUGUGAGAAAGGAUGUGUGCGGCUGGUGA